AUGAUCCCAAAUGAAUUCACGUUAAAGUACCGGGUCAAACAAUGUAUCGCAAGCAACGAAUGGGAAAGCAGUACCGCAUCGGCCGAAGUGAGCCUCGUAUGGGACGGCCCGCACUUCACCCACACCUUCCCACCCCUGGAACCGCUCAGCCCGGGUCAGUCCCUAUCGCUCAAGUGCUCGGCCACUGGUCUACCCCUACCGCAGAUCGUGUGGACAGUCGACGGGCAGCCGGUGUCCGACAACUGGCGCCUCCGUAUAGGGGAUUACGUGUCCAGCGAUGGUGUAGUCAACUCAUACGUCAACAUCUCUAACGUCCGGGUAGAGGACGGCGGACUAUAUAAGUGUCUGGCGCUGAACGGCAUGAACACAGCCGUACACCACAACCGUGUGGUAGUGUUGGGCCCGGUAUUCGUGCGGCCCUUUGCCCACAACAUAACCGCAGUGGCCGGCCAUGCGGUACGGGUCGACUGCCCGGCCAACGGCCAUCCCAUUCAGUCCAUACAGUGGUUCAUCGGCUCCGGUAGUAACCAAUGGACAAAAUUACCCCAAAAUCACCGGCAAAGAACCCUAACCAACGGCACACUCAUCAUCGAGUCUAUAGAGAGCCGUACGGACGAGCGCUGGUACAGGUGUGUAGUGAACGGGUCAUCAGGCAGUUCAGGGGGUGUGGGGUCGACAGCUCACGGCAAUGUCUACAUAGAGGUAUUGGUGGCCCCCGUAAUCAAUCCCUUUCACGCCUCCCCUAACCUCCGGGAAGGUAUGCGACAGAUGUUGACGUGCGCUGUGGUCGACGGCGACGCCCCUCUCAGCAUACAGUUCCUCAAAGAUGAUGUGCCCGUCCGCCCGACCCCUCCCGGUGCCGGUCAUAACGCCGACGGUAGACACGAAGUGAAGGUUACGGCAAACGAUGUGUUUUCAAAAUCCCUGUUCAUAUCCAACGUGACGGCCGACGACUCCGGUAACUACACGUGCGUUGCGUCCAAUAGAGUGGCCAACACGUCGUACUCCACUGACAAACGGAUAAUGGUCGCAAACGUGUUGUUAGUGUUCAAUAACUAUAAGUAUAUAAUCUAUAAGUAUAAGGACUCCCUAUUAGGGAGUUUAAGAAAUACUCAUAACAACAAAAUCCUUAUAUUUGACCGACAACCGUUAUAA